AUGCUGACCGGACUUACCAAUGACAUACGCGACAUUGAUGGGGCACGCAAAACAGCUGUCAUCAGCAGAGAAUUGUUUAGGCUCAAGGUUGAUAUCGCUGCUUUACAGGAAACGCGCACAGCUGGUUGCGGAAGCCUAACGGAAAAGGAAUACACAUUUUUCUGGCAGGGUAGAGAUGAAGAUGAGCCUAGAGUACAUGGAGUUGGUUUUGCUGUCAGCAACAAGCUAGUACAGAUGGUGGAGCCGGGCUCAACCAAGUCUGAGCGCAUCAUGCACAUAAAACUCAAUACCGAUCUAGGUCCCACCAAUUUGCUUUCUGUCUACGCUCCAACCCUGACUUCGAGUACCGAUGCCAAGGAUACCUUUUACAGCCAAUUGGAUGAUGCUAUCAAACAUAUCCCAAACAACGAAGUGCUGAUUCUCCUCGGCGAUUUCAACGCUAGAGUGGGCAACGAUCAAGGCUCCUGGCCUGAUUGUCUUGGUCACUUUGGUGUUGGCAAAUGCAAUGAAAAUGGUCAACGCCUUCUGGAGCUUUGCACCUAUCAUCACCUCUAUAAGGUCUCUAACAAUGAGGUACUUGCAAGAGCCAAUAUCCCCUCGAUGUUCACCCUGAUAAGACAGCGCAGAUUGAGGUGGCUCGGUCAUGUGUACCGGAUGGAGGAUGGGCGAAUCCCUAAGGAUCUGCUGUAUGGCGAGUUGGAAUCCGGUUCGAGGCCUAUUGGCAGACCUAAGCUGCGUUUCAAGGACGUAUGCAAGAGAGAUAUGCUCGCCACUGGCCUACCAACAGAUAACUCGUAG